CUUUCAAAGACGUGAGUGUCGCGUGCUGAGUUUGUUCGCCAGAGAAGACAAUUGUUUGGAAGAAGGUGAAACGUCAAUCGGCAGGAGGGAAGGCCAAGGAAGCCUCCUCUUUGACGAUGUCGUUGUUUCUUCCUCGACGAGCACGCGUAUGUACGACGUCUCUCUCUUCCUUGACGAUGAUGAGUUACCAUUGGACAAUGGUGAUAUUAUUGAAAAUGAGACGGUGAUUAAAGAUGGCAGUUCUAUGAGUAUUCAUAAUCAUCGUCAACGUUCUCAAUGUCAUUGUCGGCAACAAAGAGAACGACGAUACCGACAACAACAACAACAACAACAACAACAACAACAGCACCAAGAACAAGAACAAGAAGAAAAACCAGAUCAACGUCUUCUUCGUCAUUCGCAAAAAGAGGAAAAAGAAGAAAAGAAAAAAGUGGACGAAGAAGAGGAAGAGGAAGAAGAAGACGAAGAAGGAGGAAGAGGAGGGGGUGUUGGUGGAGGGGGUGGAGGAGAAGAAAGAGAAGAGAAAAAAAUGAUGGCCGAUGAUAUGGCACAAGGUUACACGCAACUUAUUCAUCAAGUUCAAGAACCCCAAGAAUUUAUAUCGUUGGAAGAAUUUUGUCCUCAUAUUCAUCAGGAAACACGUGCCCACGAUUUGUGCGUUAAGGAGUGCAUGGCAAGUGCAUUUAGUAUAUUAUUAGUUMUCGUUAACGGCCAUACCGUGAUGAAAACACAAGUUCUCGUCCGAUCACUUAAGUUAAGCAUCACUGGGCACGGUUAG